UCUUCUCAUUAUUUCAACUUUUCAGGUAAGCGCAGAGUCGCAAACGAAAGGUUGUUCUUCGGACAAAGCUAUAAAAAAUCAAAACUGAUAGGAAGAGCCAAUAAGCAAAGUCAAUCCAAUCAUUUUCUGACCUAAUUUUCCGCCAUAGAUAUUCUUCUCUCAGAACUCGAAACUGUCACUUCUAUCGGUGUUUGAUUUUGAGGUAAUGAGAAUUGGCGGCAUUGUUUUGGUGUAUUUUUGACGUUUAGUGUGUUAGAGGAGAGGAGGAUGGGCUUUGCUUACUGUUUAUGGCAGCCGAAUGCUUCGCAUUGUGGUGAAGCUUUGAACUACAGGAUAUUAGAUAGGAAAAGCAGCUGUGAUGUAGGAUUGAAUCAUAAAUUGCUUGGAAAUGCUAGGGUUUUAUGUAAGAAUAGGCUGGGGAAAAGGUUGAAACGGAGUGUGGCCUGUAGUGAUAAUAGUUUAGCAUAUUCAAGGAUACGAUUUAGUUGUGCUUUGUGGAAGUCUGAUUCGAGUGGGAAUUUGAUGCGCCGUAAGGCUUCUAGGGGAGUGAAAUUGCCUUGGUGUCAGGGAAAUGAUUCAGUUGCGUUUAUCGAUGGUAAUGGUAGAAAUGUGGAGGCCAGUGAGAGUACUGAAGAUGGAGCUCUGAGUGCUAAUACUAAUGGAAUCGCGGAAAUUAGUUGCGCAAUUGAGUUGGAGGAAGAUAAAGAAGAAGAAACAGAAGGAGAUAAUCUGGAAGAACUAAGGGAGUUGUUGCAGAAGGCACUCAAGGAUUUGGAAGUUGCACAGCUGAACAGCACAAUGUUUGAGGAAAAAGCGCAGAAGAUAUCAGAAGCUGCUAUAGCGUUAAAAGAUGAAGCGGCUAAUGCCUGGGAUGAUGUAAACAAACAACUUGAUAGUGUUCAAGAGAUUGUAAGUGAAGAGAUGGUCGCUAAAGAAGCAGUUCAAAAAGCAACAAUGGCCCUUUCUUUUGCUGAGGCAAGGCUUCAGGUUGCUCUUGAUUCAGUACAAGCUGCAAAACAAAGAAUUAUGUCUUCAGAAACGUCUGAAGAUAGCAAAGGGGAAGAUUCAACUUCAUUGAUGGAGGAAGAGGCAGCACUCUUAGCUGCUCAGGAAGAUAUAAAGGAGUGUCUGGACCGUUUUGGAAGUUGUGAGGCUGAGUUGAGGCGUCUGCAGAAUAAAAAAGAAGAGCUGCAAAAGGAGGUUGACAGGUUGAAUGAGCUAGCUGAGCAAGCACAAAACAAUGCUUUAAAAGCUGAGGAAGAUGUUACAAACAUAAUGCUUUUAGCCGAACAAGCUGUUGCUUAUGAGCUGGAGGCUACUCAAAGGGUCAGUGACGCGGAGAUCGCUUUGCAGAAAGCCGAGAAGAACCUAGCUAUAUCAAUUGUUGACUCCCCAGAAACUUCAGUUUUACAGAAUGGAUCAUCUACUCAAGGGCAAGUGUUGGUCGAUGGGACCCUUAGUGAGGAUGAGGUACACCCUAGAAAUUCAGUCGAUAGUGUUAUUGAAAUAGAUAGGGAGGUACAACUGGAGGAUGCUUGGGCGGCAAGUGGGCCUUUGUCAACUGAGGAGUCACGUAUCUCUGAUGAGAGUGACGAAGAAGAUAGAAAGUUAGUUCUAGACUCCUCAAAAGAUUCUGAUUCUGAUACAGAAAAACCAAAAAGUGUUCAAAAUCUGAGGCAGGAGGUCAACAAGGAAUCAGCUAGGGACAGUUCACUUAACGCUCCCAAAGCAUUAUUGAAGAAAUCAUCCCGUUUCUUGCCUGCAUCUUUCUUCUCAUUUCCCACAGAUGGUGAAGAGUUCACACCUGCUUCAGUUUUCCACAAUCUCAUGGAGUCUGCAAGGAAGCAAUUGCCCAAGCUGGUGGUUGGCUCAUUACUGAUGGGAGCAGGAAUUGCCUUUUACGUCAAUCGAUCAGAGCGAAUUUCUCAGUCGUUUCAGCAGCCAGACAUCAUUACCACCAGCAUUGAUGAGGUUUCAACAAAUGCAAGACCUCUGGUUCGACAAAUAAGAAAACUGCCCAAGAAACUUAAGACACUAAUGGAGAUGCUUCCUCAUCAAGAGAUAAAUGAGGAGGAAGCUUCUCUUUUUGACAUGUUAUGGCUAUUGCUCGCAAGUGUUAUCUUUGUGCCUAUCUUCCAGAAAAUUCCAGGAGGAAGUCCUGUCCUUGGGUAUUUGGCUGCUGGAAUCUUGAUUGGACCCUAUGGUCUUUCUAUCAUACGUCAUGUACAUGGGACCAAGGCUAUAGCUGAAUUUGGAGUUGUCUUCCUGCUAUUUAACAUUGGCCUAGAGCUUUCCGUCGAGAGACUAAGUUCAAUGAAGAAAUACGUUUUUGGGUUGGGUACUGCUCAGGUCUUAGUGACAGCUGUUGUGGUCGGGUUAGUUGCUCAUUUUGUUGCCGGGCAGGCUGGACCUGCUGCAAUAGUGAUUGGGAAUGGUCUUGCCUUAUCUUCCACUGCGGUUGUCCUCCAGGUAUUGCAAGAGCGAGGUGAGAGCACAUCACGGCAUGGACGAGCGACAUUUUCUGUAUUACUCUUUCAGGAUCUGGCGGUGGUUGUUCUACUCAUACUGAUACCACUAAUUUCACCAAAUUCAUCAAAAGGAGGGGUUGGUUUCGGAGCCAUAGCUGAGGCCCUUGGUUUGGCUGCUGUAAAGGCAAUUGUAGCCAUCACUGCCAUUAUUGCUGGAGGACGUCUGCUGCUGCGGCCUAUUUAUAAGCAAAUUGCAGAAAACCAAAAUGCAGAAAUAUUUUCGGCAAAUACGCUUCUUGUUAUCCUUGGGACUAGUCUUCUGACAGCCAGGGCUGGCCUCUCAAUGGCUUUGGGUGCAUUUUUAGCUGGUUUGCUUCUGGCAGAAACUGAAUUUUCAUUGCAAGUUGAAUCAGAUAUUGCUCCAUAUCGUGGACUCCUAUUGGGUCUCUUUUUCAUGACGGUUGGAAUGUCCAUUGAUCCCAAGCUUCUUCUUUCAAACUUUCCAGUUAUUAUGGGCUCAUUGGGACUUCUAAUUGGUGGCAAGACCAUCUUGGUUGCGUUAGUUGGUAAACUGUUUGGUAUUUCAAUUGUAUCGGCAAUAAGAGUUGGUCUCCUACUUGCUCCUGGUGGAGAGUUUGCCUUUGUAGCUUUUGGUGAAGCUGUUAACCAGGGUAUAAUGUCUCCUCAUUUGUCAUCUUUGCUAUUUCUUGUGGUUGGAAUUUCAAUGGCCCUCACGCCAUAUCUAGCUGCUGGAGGCCAAUUAAUAGCAUCUCGUUUUGAGCUGCACGAUGUGCGAAGUUUAUUGCCUGUGGAAAGUGAGACAGAUGAUUUGCAGGAUCAUAUCAUUAUUUGUGGAUUUGGUCGUGUUGGCCAGAUCAUUGCCCAACUUCUCUCCGAGCGACUGAUUCCGUUUGUUGCACUUGAUGUGCGAAGGUAUGAUUCUCUUUUUACCCACAUUCAACUGAUUUCAGCUCCUGUAGGUUCAGUGAAGAUUUCAUCUGCUGCUAAGCUGCCAAUGUCAGAGAUAGCGGCAACAAUCAACGAGUUUAGGUCCCGCCACCUCUCUGAGCUUACUGAGCUAUGUGAAACUAGUGGAAGUUCUCUAGGCUAUGGAUUUUCUCGUGUGGUGAAUAAAGGCAAAGUUCAGCCUCCAGAUUCUUCGGAUGAGAACCAAGUCAGUGAAGGAACACUAGCAAUAUGAUUACCAUUAGAAGAAACAGGGAUUUGCAUUGAUUGGACCCCAAAAAAAAAAAAAAAAGGAAUUGAGAAGGGAAGAUACUCCUUAUAAGUGUAUAGUGUUUUACUUAACCCUUGUUCUUGAAAAUUGUACAGAAGAAAUAUGUUACGUAGCAAGCAACAAGCUAUGCAGGACAGCAAAUCUAUUGGCAUAACCCAAGGGCAGCUCAAGGGGAGGCUGGUAAAGCCUUCACUUUAGGCUACCAAAAUUUAAGGGCCCUGAAAUUUUUUAAGGGCAAAUAGCAUUUUUGAUUCCUGUAUUAUUGUUUUAUUCUGAUUUUAGUCCUCAAUUUAAAUGUUUGAUAUUGCUCCUUUAA